AUGACAGCCCCAUCGUACCAGCUCUCCAAAUUCGUGGGGAAAAUCAUCCAACAGUCACUGGUAAGCGCUUAUAACAUACGAGACUCCUACUCAAUCUGCGAGUUUAUCAACAACAUAACAUUACCUGAAAGCUAUGUUUUGAUUUCCCUCGAUGUUAAAGCCCUUUUCUCAUCGAUACCAAAAUCGUUAGUCAUGCACAACGUGAUCAUGAAAUGGAACGAGAUUCGAUCCAAUACUAACAUCAAUGUCGAUCUAUUUCUUGAGAUAGUAGAAUAUUGUAUAGAUUCUAGCUAUUUCCGGUAUGAUGGUCAACACUAUCACCAGAUUUUCGGCACAGCAAUGGGGAAUCCACUCUCGCCGUCUAUCGCGGACUGGGUCAUGGAAACCCUUCUAGACACGGUAAUUGAAAAAUUAAACUUUCCGUUACCGUUCGUCAAGAAAUAUGUGGACGAUGUGCUCACCGCAAUCCCACUAAACCAGCUACAACACGUUUUGGAAACAUUCAACAGCUAUGACAUCCACAUCCAGUUCACCUAUGGACUGGAAGUGGACAACUGUUUACCAUUCUUGGACAUGCUAUUAACACGUCAUGAAAACCAGAAAGUCACAACACGAUGGUACCAAAAGCCUAUUGCGAGUGUCAGAGUGAAUAAGCUAUCAACAAACAUAGACGACAAUACCAAGCACAAAAUAAUAGAUGAACAACUAAAAUUGAAUAACUAUCCAAAAUCACUACGCAACAGACUACAGAACCGAAUGAAUGAAAGAAAUGAUAGCUCAAAUACCGGAACAGUUGAUAACGGAGACCUGGAAUAUACUUACCGAUCAAUAGCAUACAUACCUCACCUGUCGAACCGAGUCGACAAGGAAAUAAAACGGAACUACAAAAACAUACGACUCGCAACAUAUAACUGCAGAACAGUAGGAGGGUUAUUUACUAACGUGAAAGAUCCUAUCCCAGAGGAACAACAAACGGACGUCAUCUAUUCCAUUCCAUGCAACGAUUGCCCUGCCUGUUACAUAGGAAUGACAAAAAACAGAUUAAAAACACGUAUCAGCGGUCACAGGACUCAUUAUAACACUCUGGACAAACUACAGAAAAACGAAGUCAACACAUCGGAUCCACGGAUUAUGCAGCUAAAAGAGAAAACUGCUCUCCUAGAACACAGCAUCACCGAAAAUCACCGCUUCAAUAUGGAAAAACGAAAAUAUUAG